AUGUAUCCUACUCCAUAUCAACAAAAUGAUUUAUUUAAUCCUGAUCAAAUAGUGCGUGAAGCUCACAGUCAAUUACGUUAUUUAUUAGAAAAUGAUUUGAGAGCAAUGACAAAUUCAUCAACGGAAUUAAAUCGUUUUAUUCAGUCUUUACCCACAAUUCGAACAAUAAAUCAACAACGUGAGCAAUUAACAAUUCGAAAUCAGCAAAUAGCUAAACAAACUUUAGCAAAAGAGCCAAAAUUAUCAGAAAUUCAACAACAAUUAUCAAAAUCUUAUAAUGACAUAAAACAAUUAAAAGAUUGUUAUUUAAAAUUAAUACAUUCAUCACCAAUGGAACAUCAAACAAGUAACGAAAGUCAAUUAUCGUUAGAUGUCAUUUUGGCGCAAUUACAAUCUUUGGCAACCGAUGCUGAAAAUCGUACAAAUGAAUUAGCCGAGUCAGUUUUGUAUACAGAGCAAAAUGAUCAUGAUAUCAACGUGUUUAUUAAAAAUUUUAUGCAAGAACGAAAAGAAGCAGCAGAACUCAAGCUAAAAGCAGACAUAUUUGAAGAAUUAUUCAUAGCACAGCAACGACUUGGACAAUGGUAA